AAAUUGAUAAACGUCACUUAUUCAGAUAACACAAGAAGUUAGCAGUGGCAGCAUGUCGUGAACUUUGACAUAAUCUAAACUACGAGACUAGAUUCUCGUGUAGUUCCUAUAUAUUUUUCAAAAAAACAAUCUUAAAUAGUACAAUAUGAAUUAUUAUUUAUAUUUAAGUAGUUUGUUAUGUUUUCUAGUAUGCAGUAUUACAGCAGAAGAUCCACCUUCUCAAUUGUUUGGCACCAUCGAGAACCCGGACCCAGAACAAAAGCUCAGCGACUACAUCAACGUGAUCCUCGAACAUUACAAGCAGGAUGACCCUGUGGGAAUCCCGGGAACGCCCAUACCCGAUCCCUUGCCCAUUCCGCCCAUGAACCAGUCCUUCUCCGUGGGCAGGAUGAAUUUUCGCGACGUCCAAUUGUACGGCUUGAAGAAGUUUAAGGUGGAUCACGUGAUCGCCAACGUGGCAGCCAUGCAGGUCGAAGCCGGUCUUAAUAUUGACAAGAUGGAUGUCGUAGGAAAUUAUACUUUAAGGACAUGGUUUUCUUCUGCCCAAGGACCAUUUACAGUGAAACUACAAAAGGUCUACAUCAAAGCUAUAGCUACAUUGGAAGUGCAAAGGAACGGGUCUUUAGAAGCUCAGGACAUAAACAUGGACAUCACUUUUAAGGACAUGUCUAUGGACUUUCAGGGACUGGGAUUUUUCGCAUCUAUGUUUCAAGGAAUUAUAAAUUCCGUCGGUACAUUUGUAUUUGAUUCGAUAAAACCGUUCAUCCUGAGCGAGGCCAACACGAACAUAAGAAACGAUAUCAAUAAGCAAGUGUCGAAAAUCCCACAAACUUUCCCCAAUUCCAUAUCGCCCUUCGAUCAGCUGGUGUCAGAAGUUAGGAAAAAAGUUCGUAACAUGGGAUACGAUCCCUACCUAGUGCCCGAUUACAAUAAUAGUGUUGGUGUAUUUGAUAUUUACCUAACGCAUACGUGGUUGAAUGGAUUAGCCAGUUUUCACAGAACCAAAGAUAUAAUUUUCGAGCUAAGAAACAAGACAGUACAUACAUUGCUUGAAGUUGGAACUCAAAAACUGUACGGAUCAACACACUGGGAAGUAUCUUUGGUAGCUGGCGUUAUGUCCAAAGUUGGAACAGCUUCCUUUAGCGUGGAAUAUAUCAGAGUUCAAAUCAACGCAAGCCAAAGUAUGGAUACCAGAAACAGACCUUCCCUAGACGAUAUUCAGCUGGAAUUAGGCAAUAUUCAAGUGCGUUUCGACGGUCUAGGAACAGUCGACUAUCUUAUCGAAUUUGGAGUGAACGUUGUUCCUAAUCUGCUCCGUUACCAAAUCAUGGACGCCAUCGAGAAACCCAUCAAACAGAAAAUCCAGGAAGAAUUAAAUAAGGUCGACGUGGAAAAAAUAAUUAAAGAAAACGCCAAGAAAUUAGACAGCGAAGAAGGCUUAGCCGAAUUAGCUAACAUCAUAUAAAUUUUUACAAUUUGAUAUCACUCGUUAAUCAAAAUGGCAGCUUUAAAAUAUAUUUUUUUAUGAAAAAAA